ACUGCAGUGUGCCUCCCCUCAGGCCGCCGCACAGCUCAACCAUUAGUCUGCAGCUGUGAACCGGGGGAUUAGGCUCUCCUCUCCACCGCGCCUCUCCUCUGCCUCUACCCGGUCAAAACCUGCUCUGAACCGGACCUGCAUGACCACUGUGCCCAUCCUGCGUGGAGCCUUGACGGUGACAUACAGCGUGUUUUCUGUGCGGCAGUGAGAAGGAGGAGAUUUCUGUGCCACUGUUUGGUCCUGGAGGGGAGGAGCCAGUUGUUGAUUUCUACGCUGCAAAGAGAAGGCGCCGCUCAUAGAGGUAAGAUACCGUUUACGUAAUAAAAUGUACUCUGUGUUUAACAGCGGACUUUUAAAUGCCCAUUUUCACCGCGUUUUUUUCGCUGUUUCCUGCGUCUCUGAUGGGUAUCACAAGGUGGAGGUGAAUGCGAAUACGUAACCUAUUAAACAUGCCACUCCCUGCAACAGCGUACUGAUGUCCUGGACAGACCUCUACCUCAUUUAUGUAAAUGGGGGUAUGAUCCUAUGCUAAAUACAUAAAAAUGUCCAUUUACUCCCAGGCUACAUUUGAUUAGCGCGCUUUUUUGCACCUUGCACGCACAAGUGCAUCCUCCAUAUUCAACCUGCAGGCCUGCCCUUAUGCUCCACGAUCAGAUCUGGUGAAUUAACACGCAUGUUAUUGAGUAUUUACAUCAGAACAUGCAGAAGACAUGCCAAACUGUUAAGACAUCUCAGACCAAUGCGAGCUGCUAUGAUCUUAUUUGAUGUAAAACCUAAUCUAAUCCCUCAUUGUGGUUAUUCAAUAACACAAAGCAGAGGUCAGAGUCAGUGUUGAUGCCACAUGGUACAAAGCAGAAAUUUUUUGUGAGGGAUAAUGUGGAAUGUGUGUGUGUGUGUGUGUGUGUGAGAGAGAGAGCGUGUGCGUGCGUGUAUAUAUGUGUGUGUGUGUGUGUGUGUGUGUGUGUGGGCAGGCUGAGGUCACUCUCUCAUGCCUCUGAAACCCGCAUUGCUGAUGUGGGCUUGUGUCCAAUGAACAGAUAUUUAAUAGGGUGUAUCAUCAGGUUUUCCUCCGCUAAAGGCACAACUCAGCCCAUCAGACGAGAAAACUGACCUUCUUCUUCUCCGUUCACUGAGUGCAUAGCAACAGCUUUGCAAACAAGUGUCCCCCCCUAACCAUAAAAAGUGAAGCGAUGAUAAUGACAGCAUAGUUCAUGCUUAGGACAAAUUUCAGGGAACACUGUUGUCCCAUUUCUUCUCUAUUUAGUAUUCUGAAAGAGGGGGAAUGCUGCAGGGCAGAUGCUGCUGGUUGUGUAAUAACCCAUCUGUCAUUGUCAUUCUAUCUGACAGAUCUGCUGCCACACUUUUUCUCAACCUAUCGACAGUCAUUUCUGACAUCUCACAGGAGACAUUAGUACAAGAUUAAUGCCACAUGUGCUGGAUUAGUUUCUGAACAUUCUGUUCAGAUUUAAGGAAUGUGGGAAAGGAGGGAGUUAAAAACAAGAUAAUUCUGAGAUUCCUUCUGUUUCAGAUGACAUAAUGUUACAACUAGAUCAAAUGUGAGUUCAUAUUGACAAAAAGCCAACCAUCUGUACAGGUCAAUACUAGCAACAGGUCUUCACUUGUCCCCUGCAAGCCACAUUUUAAGAGAGACAGAAAGUAACAAUCAUGUAAUAAUAAUAAUAACUUUAUUUAUAUAGCACAAAAACUAAAAAAAAAAAAAAAUUAAAAAGUGCUUCAGCAGACAAAGCAGAUAAGUGAUGACAGCAGAGAUAAAUAAAUCAUAAAUUAUAGAAAAUAAAAGGCAAAAAAAAAAAAAUAUAUAUAUAUAUAUAUGCAAGAAUAGUGACAUUUAAAGGACAAUAAACAGUCCACGAAGAGGACAAAGAAGGAAAAGAAAAAUGAGACAACAUGAUGAAAACCUGAAAAAAUAAAGAUGCAGUGAGGUACAAGUUAACAAAUCAAUCAAUAAAUAAAAACAUUCGUAAAUGAAAGUGAUCAAGGACAAAGAAGCAGGGGAUCAGACGAGAACCUACAAACAAAUGGUUUGAACAAAAGUAUUGUAUGUGAGAUUUUAUAAAUAAAACAAAUGAAGUUGAAAUUAAAAAGUGUUUGAAAAAGUAAAAUCACAUAAAAGCAAGUUUGUAAAAGUGAGUUUUUAGGAGUAAGAAUAAAAAAGACGGUCAAAACUUGUGUCAUAUGUGUGGGUCCAGCUGGAAAAACCGCAAAUGUAAUCUUUGAAACCAAUAGUCUUAUUUCAUUUUACCUCUCUACUCUAAAAUACCCUGGUCUGUCCACACUUUUACUUUCACUUGGUUGCACACAUUUAUCGCACAUUUCUGAGACUUUCUGUUAAAUGCCUCCGAGCUUAAACAGCAGGGAGGGAUUACUGAGCAGACCUACUUGGCACGAGCCCAGAGAACACAUGGGUCAGGGGUCCUCUGGAUGUAAGCUUUAGGUUAAAAUGUCUGUUUACACACACUGUUUGCGUCUCUUGUUUUAAACUCAGGGACAGUAUACAUUUGAAAUAAACACAAGAGGGAAAAAAACACAGAGAGACUAGACAGCUCCAGUGUUAUAGUUUGAAGAGCUGCAGUGUAUUUGGAGUGGUUGUGUAUGGCUAGUGAGCCUCUGUUUCAGACUUAUAAACUCUGGUAGUUCUUGUGUACAUCCAAGAAUUUCUCAUAAACAGCCAGUCUCACUCUGAUAAAGUAGGAGUGAGGGUCUUGUACACGUCUGUGUUUAGAAUCAUUCACUCAUAAUCCACCCAUGUCAACAGAGAUAACUUUGCUAACAUAACUGGACUUAUUUAAUGUUUAAAUCAGGGAAAUAUUCCUCGAAAACCCAGAUUGUUUUCCAGUGUUAUUUGGAGAACUGCGUCCGAAUAUGUGCGUUUUUGUUGUCAGUUGGAAAUGAAUGUGAAUCAGCCUGCUGAAUCAUGUUAGUAGGUAAGAAAACAAGACUCCAGCCAAAGGCUUAGUGCAUUAUGUAAUGAUGUCCAGUGAUGCUGUUGGCUCAGAGAUCAGUUUCCUUCUGCCUGCUGAAAAUGAAUUAAAAAUGAGGGUUUGCUGCGGUGUGAAUUAACUCUGAGGUGUGGGUCUGAAACUAAGUGCUGAUGUAGCUACAUGGUGUCAUUUAGUCAUAAGGUCACAGGGUCAAACAGCCAUCUUGUUGAAGUACUCAGAGAAAAAAGCAAACAGAAACAUCCUGCAGACUUAUUAGGAGUCUGUCGCUGAAAGUACACUGGAAAUGACGGUCUUGAUAGAAAUAAGUACUUGGAAAUAUCUAUAACUGAUUUUAACAUCUUGAAAUAAGGGUGGGUUGAAAUAUAUACUGACUUGUGCAUCGCUAUUAUCAUACUCAUGAUGCUUUCUAAGUUUACUAAAUGCAGCACGAUAAACAGUUUCCUUUACAAUUUGACUUGUGGUGUUAUUGGUACAAACGACAGAAACUUGUUUCUUUUGGGGGCAUUUUGAAUUCUUUGUUGAUUCGAUGAUGUGAUGUAAUAUGAAGUUGUCUUGCAGUUGUUUAAAAUCAGUAUAAAGUUUUAUGUCAACAUAUUAAAAUCUUAAUCUUAUUGCAUAUAGCUUAUUAACUCCAUUGUACCAUAUUGCACUGCACCAUAUUAUAUUAUACAUUGCAUCAUUUUGUAUUUUACUCUAUUGCGUCUCGCUUACCCUAUCGUAUUGGAUCAUAGGAUACCAUAUUGUACUUCGUAGUGGAGUACCCUACUGUAAUGAGUCUUUACGGGUUGUGUUAUUUUGAAGUGAGUCAUAUUAAUUGUAUCAUAUUGUAUCGCAUCUCAGUGUAUCGUACCUUUUAGUACACUCUAGUAUUAUUUAGUUUUUUCUCGUAUUAUUUAAUACAUCAUAUCAUAUCAUGUCACAUUGUACUAUAUCCAACGUUUCCUAGUGUUUAACAUUUUAUAGGGGUGGGAAUCACUAGUGGCCCAACGAUACAACAUCAUCACGAUACUUGGGCCACGAUAUGAUAUUAUUGCAAUUUUUAACGUUUCACAUUACAGUGAGUGUUGCGGUACAAUAUAUUACAAUUUAUACAAUUUUUCAACCAUUUCGCUAAUUUUGCAUUUGGCUUUCCUUUAUGUUUGUCUUAUUUACACUGUAUUAUAUUUUCAUGUAGCACAUAUUGCAUAUCUUAUAUAUAUAUUUGUUGUACUAACUUUCUCCUGCUCUAUGAUGUCACCUCUGCCAACCUCUCUGGACAAACAGUUGAUUUUGUUUUUCCAUGAUCAUAGAUUUGACUUCAUUUUAGCAAUUGAUUUGAAAAAAUAGAUACCUGGUAAAUGAGACGAUACGAUAUAUCACCAGACAAAAUAGCACGAUACUAUGCUGUAUCAAUUGUUUCUCCCACCCCUACUAUCUUACUGUACUGUAACUUUUUGUACUGCAUCAUAUUGUAUUGUAUUGUAUUAUAUCAUAUCUUGCCUUAUUGAGUUGUGUCAUAUCAUAUGGUAUUAUAUUAUGUCAAAUCAUGCAGUAUCAUGUAGUAUCUACUGUACUGUACAGUGAGUUACCCUGUGAUUCCAACCACUAAUUUAGAUUAAACAGGUAAAUAAAGUCACCAUAGUCUGGAUGAGAAUGUUUUCUUACUCAUUAGUCUGUUUUAAUUUAAACCUCCCUAACUGGAAACACUGCAGUGAGAGUUACUCUACAGAGGAUUUCUCUUUCAGACUAAAGUGGGUUAUUUUUCUCCCAUGGGACUCCCAUCCACAUUAUUGAUUUUUUUUACCUCUGCAGUGGUGUGGCUCCUUAACAUUUAUAAGCCUCAGUGUUUCCCAGCAGCAGCAGCAGCAGCAGCAGGGUUUUGUACUUACACUCAUACAACACUGAAAUGACGUGUAAUAAUUCAACUGAAAACACAAUCUUGAAAAAAGAAAAUUGGCUAAUAUUUGAGCUUUUUGCGUGGUGGCACGGAAAAUAAGUUCAAGGCCAGAGUUUGUGUUUGUCCUCUAAAUCUCUGUAAUCCACACAGACGCCUGAAGAAUUUGAAUUCUUGUACAAGUCUGUGUCAGUGAACUGUUCGUUCAGUGUAAGCGAGCUGAGUAUGAAAGCUGGGCUGCACUGUGCAAAGAGAAGGUCAAACCUUUAAGCGUGUCUUUGGCCUCGGGAGCAUUAUUCUGCAUACUGUAUACACAAACAUGUGGGUAAACACGCACACGCUCUUACUGAAGAGUGUAGAAAACCAUUAGCUGUUCACUGAAGAUGUGCCCUCUCUAUUUUUCCCAGCAACAUCUGUGUCCGACCCUUUUGUUGUUAGUGUUGUCAUCCCCUGAGCUUUUCACAAUAGACAUGUCUGAAAGCACAUCCUGAUUUAUUGUCUAUUAACAUUGUAGAUUGAAGAAUAAAUACAUCAAGAAAACAUUAAUUGGGGAAAUAUGUCACGUAAGAUGAGUGUUUGUCUUCUUUCCUCUAGACUAGUGUGUUAGUCAGAAUCUACAUUUCUGUUCAUAUGACCAGGAAAUUGGUCACUUUUGUUUCUUUUAGGUAUAUUAACUAUGUUGUCAAUGGGAUUAAUCAUUGUAAUUCAUGAUUAAUAGCUACUCCAAACCAAUUUAUAGAAGCUGCACCACAAAAUAUUGAUUCUUUACAUGUUGGUGCUUUCUUCAUCAGUGAAUGACUGCCUCUUAUUCUUUUUUAUUGAACAUGAUUUUGUGAUUCCUAACAUUUGGGGCAGAAGAGGUUUUAAUAAAGAGUCCAAAUUUCCUCCGAACUACUUAGGUUUGUUCUUCCUACUUUAUUUAGUGUUUUGACAAACUUUGAGCAAGCCUGGACUUUAACCUCCAUUAUGUUUGAGGCGUAGUCACAGCAGAUCAUUAUUUCUGCCAUUUUUAUCCCUCCAUCCAUUAUUCAAAUGUAUGUUUGCAUGGUAACCCCUGUGUGUGUGUGUGUGUGUGUGUGUGUGUGUGUGUGUGUGUGUGUGUGUGCGUGUGUGUGUGUGUGUGUGUGUGUGUGUGUGUGUGUGUGUGUGUGUGUGUGUGUGUGUGUGUGUGUGUGUGUGUGUGUGCGUGUGUUUUGUUUUUGCUCUGGCAGAGUUCGAUGGAUGGCUGAUCUGAUUCAUGCUGAUAGUCUCUAACAAUGCAAAGACGCUCUAGACAGAUUGUGAACUAGAUGAUAGUGUUCCAAGAACCUGAUCGCAGAUAAAUGAGUGAUCUAGUCAGAUGUUGAGGAAAAAAUACAAGAAACAAAUCCUUGACCUUGAUUCAGCAAACACAGACGGUGGUCUCAAAUUGACACGGGCCCGUUUGAAGUGCCCUAAUUUGUCUGAGAAUAGAACUGUAAUCUCUCUGUGUUGGCAAAGUUACUUCCUGCUUGUAUCCUAUGUUUUUGCUCUGCUGCAGAACCAUCACCAAGAUCACACUGUUUGUGCAAGUUCACAUUAGUGUCAGUUCAGUUUGAAGCGAGGAGAAGAACAUGCAUUGAAUGCAAGCUUAGCUCCUUUGAGUGUGUGUUUGAUGUCAUCAUGUGUGGGAAUAAUUUCUAUAAAUAGUCAGCAGCACAGUGAUGUGUUUAUCACAGAGGUUGGUGUUUUUGGCUGAGUCGGUCCCUGUGGAAUAUGUGUAUUGCAGAUACUGAAGCAGAUGCGCUGCACAGAUACUGGGGAAUGGAUGUAGAGAGAGACCUUUGGUGGAAACAUGAAGAAAAACCUGAGCAGAGAGCUUCACUGUUUAAAAAUGUCAGAGUUGGAGUUUGUUUGUUAGGGAUAACUUAGCCAACUCAGACUGGUUCCAGAGAAAAGUUUCCUCAAGACAGAUUGAACAAAUAAAAUUAUAAUUGACAGCUAGUUUAUGAAAGAAAGACAACCAAACUCUUAAUAAACAAUCUUUACUACCUGUUACAGAGGAUUUUCUUGAGAAGAAUCAAAAGUUACUUCCAGCUAAACAUCACUGUUUACUCUGAAAGAGAGUGUCUGAAAGGCAGAUCGUAUUCAUCUGGUUUUCUGAACCUGCUACACUGAUAAGUUAACUAAUUAUUUCAUCCAGUGUGUUUCAAAGUGGAGGUUGCCAUGACACACCAGGAGGUGUGGAAACUGGGAGAAGAGAGAGCUAGGAAUGAAAGAAAAUAAGAGUCCACUGUUUGUGACAAGAACAUUUGAACAUACAGUGUGUCUUUUGAGAUGUAUUAAAGGCCCUCUAGAGAGUUUUUAACUGUUUGAAAAACAGACUGAAACUUACUCUGAUCCAUCCUUGUGACCUUAAAAAGCAAACAAGACCAUCUGCAAAAAAACUGAUAACUUCACUGAAGUAACUUUUCAUGCUGUAAGGGGGUAGGUGUCAGACCAGAUUAUUGACACCAGUCUGGGAAAAAAAAAAAAAGUAAAAAACUUUUUACACUGCAGUUACUCGCAGUGGGUGAUAAAUUUCACACCCAGGAGUUCCUCACAUCAGCUUUAAUAACUAUAUAGAAAUCUAUCUGUGCUGGUCUUUUGAUUCAGCUGAAUUGAAUUCAGUAUAUUUAGGAUAGCAGCAUCCCGUAGUUGAGAGGAAAAAUAACAGAUGACUCUGGCCAACCAGAAUCAAGCAGCUUCUGUAAUUAGAAAGUAGCCACAACCUUGGGGUACCACCUGAGUGUCUCAUCAAGACGGGCCAGCAUACAUAAAUUUAAAAUCUGUUACAGAAAGUAAAAGUGGUCAUGAUGUGCUUGAAUGUGUAGGAAGUAUAUUAACAGUUAUAUAUUCUUUCAUAUGAGGCUAAUGCUAAAUAGGAUUCUAGCAAAAUGUGGGAAUACCCGAUUUAGUCGAUCUCUGGGGUAAAAACAGUCAACUAUUUUAACAAUUAAUAGUUAUUCCUAAUGCAAAGAAAUUGUAAUAUUACUCUUGAGAUUUCCGUCAUUAUUUCAACUUUUCGGACAUGUACCCCCUGGAAGCAGUUAAAGGUACUAGAAAUUAAUUACUGUAUAGAAACAGUAAAUCUUAUUGCUUAAGUGCUUAUUUGCUUUUGUAGGUCAUAAAGAGACCCUACCGUUCAUUUCAGUCUUAUUUUAGAACCAUAGAGGACCUGUAAAAAUCGUUUCUUUUUCUGUUUUUUUGAAGCCACAAGUGGUUCUAAUCAAAAGAACCAUUUGUUGCAGCUUUAUUCCAAAGUUCAUGUAUUCAUUUCCGCAUUUUCCAAGAUGUUUUUUCUACUGAUCCCCUUCAAGAGGAUGUUUAAAUGGCGCCUUCAUGACUCUUUUAUUUGUUUGAAUUGAUUUUUCCUGCAUAAAGUGUGUGUAGGAUAAAUUUAUUAUACAUUGAACACCCCUUACAUACGGCAGCUUUAUGUUCUUGUGAGCUGGACUUGUUGUCGUUGUUGUUGUCUAAGCUAAACACAGGGUCACAGUAUCUCCAGCAGCGCUACCGUCAAAAACACUCGCAUCAAAAAUAUCUAAUCAUCAGUUUAUGCUGCCAGGUUUUCAAAGGGCAAGUACGUCUUUUCUAUACUCUCAAAUUAGCGUAUAAAAUAAUGUACUGCUUCAAAAACAGCAUGCUAUUCAUGUCGACUUUUACAUAUCCACAGGACUGGAAUAUAAAUACAACUGUAACUCCCUGUCUCCAUGCUAGAAAGCAGGUUAGACUCUGCAGUGUUACAUAAAGCCAGACUCUUUGUGCAUCUGUGUUAAUAGGAAGAUGAAGUAUAGAGUUCCUGUAGUCAAAUCCCGCCUCUGGCAACAGCAGUUAAUGAUAAAGCUAAAACAGCUCCGCUUCCUUAAAUAGACAACAAUCUAUCAUGAUGUUGUAUCUCGGAUGGUUUUCAGUGGUCCGAUCUGACGUAUUGGUGAUAUGGAGACAGCCUCUUUAAUUGGUCUGGGCCUGCAUGAAUCACCUCGCUCUCUCUUUGCUCUCUGGGUUUGAUUAUGAAAGCUGGCUGUGGCCUAAUGGAGACAAAAAGAGUUGUCUGUGCUGUCAUUCACUGCCUCUCCUCCACCUCACCCUCUGCCUCCCCCAAUCCAUUCUGUCAGACCAGUCACAACUCACUCGUCCAUCUGCUCGCCGUGCCUCACGGUUUUGACCUUACUGCUCAUGUCUGAGGCCAGGUCACAGGGACUGCAACCCCUCUGAUGUGUUUCACUUUGAGGUUUAUUUUAUAAAAAUGGAUCCUGGGGGAUUUUAAAGAGGGAUUUAUGAGUAAAAUGCCAAAGCUUGUAUUUGAAAUGUCUAUUUUUGUGACAUUUUUAAAAGGUCAGAUUUAAAGGUCCUGCUGUUUUGUCUGCUCAGGUUUGUAAAAAAGAGCAACUGCACUCGCUGUGUCAUACAUAAUAUAUUCUGUAUUUAUGUGCAGUUGUUUUGCAGUCAUUAAAAAUUAAUAGGUUGCUAAUGAUGAUGAAGAUAUUACAAGCACUUAAAACAGCUCUGAUUGAGCCGUUGAUGUUUGUGUUUUCUCCAGUUUUGUAGCUCAGCAAAAGAGAACAAAUGAAUAUGUCACACAUUUCUAUUCAAGAAUGUGGACUCCAUUGAAAAUGGCAGACAAUAAGACAGCUGGUUACAAACUGAGCGGUCUACUGCUCGAGCAUUUUAAAUAUUUAAUUCAUUUUUUUUAUCAUUACAACCAAGUACAGUCUGGAAGGAACAAUCUAUAUACAUUACUGUGACCAGACACAGAUCAGGGAGAGACUACAGGCAGAGAGUAAAACAAACAAAAUGAUGAUUAGAUUUGUUCCUUUUUUUUUUUUUCAUUUUAAAUCGAGGCUGUUCAAAGAUGAGCAUUACAUUGAUGCAGGGCAGGUUUACACAUUUUAGAAACAACACUGGAUCACCUAUUGCAUGCACUUAAAUGACUUUUUACCAUUUUUAUCAAGGAAAAAUUGAAUGAUUUUUACAAAUAUUUAUCAUUUGUAAAGGCAGAUAUACAAAUUUCUUGUUCACCUCUGCUGUUAAUUAUCAUGUGAUCCCUCAGGUUUAUCCUGUGACCUGACUAGUGAGCAAUUGGGUUCACAACAAGCACCAACUGACAGAAUUAGAGCUUAUAUCAAUGUCAGGAAAGACAAUUUAGUCAAUAGCCAAUUCCUUGUUUUCAUUAUUAUUAUUAUUAUUAUUAUUAUUAUUAUUAGCUCCUGUGAGGAGUUUUAAGGUAGUUAUGAAACUGACUGAAAUUAGCUCUAGUUUCUCUUCAUAACCUACAAGUCACAACAAGUGCAUCAGUACAGAGAUGAAUUACUUGUGUGGGGUUAUUUUAAAGGUUUGAAUCCACUGGUGGAAAGUAGGUUUCACUUGUUGUGACGAAUUUCACCCUUCUAAAACUGACCUUAAUUACCAGUAUAUAGAGCCUGGCAAACACAAGCGUGCAUGAGCAUUAGCAAGUUAAUGACUGCCCAGCGAAGAAAGAGAAAUGCUACUCAGAAUCAUAAUAGAAUACAACCCUGAUAUCAAUCCAAAUAAUAAUUAUUAGCAUUUUUGCUGUAAUUGAGCAGUGCUUUCCUUGGCAAAAAGAUUUUGUUAAAAACACUACUCUCUCAUAUGUAGGAUUAAAUCAGGCAAAAAUAGCAAUUAGUGUUUUGUCCACUGGGGGCACCAAAAUCAACACAUGUGAAAAUUGCUUACAGAAGCUUUAAAUAAAUCGUCAUUAUAUAAAAUUAAUGAGCAUUCAUUUACACACUUUCUAGCUGACUUAACCGUUUGAUAAUGUUACAGGGUAGCACAUGAAAGGUUAAUUCUUUAAGAGUUAAUAAGAUAUAUUUUUUUUCGCUGCAACAAAUACUGAAAGGACUAACAUUUAUUAUUAUUUUUUUAAUCAAGUUGACAAAAAACGUGCCUUGAAUCAUUUCCAAACCUUCAAUAGAUUUGGCAGCUCCACUUAUUAACACCAAAUGUCCGCCUGAAUUCUCCUUCCUUCAUUCCUAAAUCACUGCUCUUUAGUCAUGAUUGUGUUGUUUGUUUUCAGGGUAGUGGACUGAAGAGGAGGCCUGAAAAGAUGAUGCACUGUGGGCCAGUUUAGGAGUAGCUCAAACUGAAAGGACUGCUGUGGAAGUGGAGGAAGAAGAAGAAGAGGAGGGACAGAAAACAGAGGAGAGAGAAAGAGAGAGAGAGACAGAGAGAGUGAGUAUCACAUGACCCGUCCUCGGACAGGCUCCAAAUCAGCGAUGCUCCCCUCAGGCAGGGAUUACCUCCUCCUCCCUGCCGUCUACCUCUCCAUCUCUCCCUCUCUUCCUCCCACAUUCAGCAGAGCAGCCACCCAGCUUCAGGACUCCAAGCCGUGAGGGCUCACUUCACUCACCCGCCCACACAUACACACACACAUAGACACACACACACACUUCUGCAUCCUGCUCAUGGUCGUUGGCCUGCCUUCCUCUGCUGCUGCUCCCGCUCCACACCGACACCAUGAAGAGGCCCAAGCAGCAGACGGGGCCACUCAGCUUUCUCAACUUCUUCAGCAGAAAGCCCAAAGCAGAGACGAGGCCCGAGAAACCUGUGGAGGCACGGCCCAGAGAGGAGGUGGCCAUCACGCUGACCCCGAGCGAGCACCCAGAGCAGGUCAGACUUAGGAUACUGUACUGUUUCUGUUAUUGGAUGAGGAGGAGGAGGAAGAAGAAGUUCCUUUUUCUGGCUUUGUUUGAUCUUGGUUUAAUUCAGCUGUUUGAUCCUGCUCUUUCAAAGUUUUGUAGAAAACUUUGAACUCGGAUAAAAACGUAAUUAUGUUUCAGGCAGAUUUUACUCAAAAUACUUCCACUUUUUUGUCUUGACUUCAAGAUUUCUGCCACUUUCUUCUUUUAAGGGCUUUGUUAAAUUUGAAGGAAAAACAUGAAUUUUUAAAGUAACUCUGACAAACCUGAAUGAGAAUGAGUUCUUUGUGAACUUUCAUAACCAGGGAAAGUUUGUGUUAUUGAACCCAAAAAUCAAAAGAUAUUGUUUUUUUUUUCUUUUGCAUAAAGGUGUAGCUGCUCAUAACAAUUAUAAACAUUGCUAUAAGCUGUAACAAAUUCUUAUAGUCACUUAGAAAGAUUGUUCUAAAGCCUUAUAGAUGCAUUUAUCAAGCUUUUAAACAGGUUUCAGAUGUAUUAUAAGAGGUAGGUUCAUAUAAAGUGUACAACUAUUUUUUUUUGCUUCCAGUAUUUUCUAUUAAAUUGAGGUAAUACUGAAAUAAUUUAGUUGUCUAGCUGUGUUGCAAAAUCUAAAUGUCCACAAAAUGUUGUGUAAGCAAGGAGAACCCGAAGAGAAGCGGUAAAUCAUUAACUCUUGAUGUAUUAGCUUCCUCCAGCUCCCUCCAUCUCCCAUUCUGUUAUAGCCCAAAUCCAUUAGAGUGUUGAUUUAAUUAAUUGGUAAUUUAAGGAAAUUGUGUUGCCAAGAAACCAAGUACACCAAGCACAAGGAGUAACCUGUACCAGACUCACUUACCGCCACUGACUUUCACUGGAAAUAUGAUGAUGUUCGGUUUGUUUUCAUGCAUUUAUUUCAAUCAUAAAGUGAAUAGCAGCAUAUUUUUCUGGUGAGAAGAGGAUUUUCUGAUUAAAAAUAGCUUUUUUUAAAUCACAUAACCACAUCUUUGUACUCAUCACAGGAGCUCGACCUCACAGCAGAAGAGGCUGGAGAAUCAAGAGUUUCUGGAGGAGAAAGAGGAGAAGGAGGAGGUCAGCCAGCAGCGGCUGAGGCUGGCGAGGAUGGUGCAGCCACAGCCGAGUGUGUGGGCGGGGCCAGCAGCGGCUCCACCGGGGUCCUGUCCCUCUCCUCCUCCAGCCAGGAGCAGCUGCUGGAGGAGCACUUGGAAGAGUGCCCUCUGUGCUUGCUCAGCCAACCACGCUGCCACUUCCCACGCCUUUCCUCCUGCUCCCACCGAACAUGCUCUGACUGCCUCCGCCAGUACCUGCGCAUCGAGAUAUCCGAGAGCAGGGUGUGCAUCGCGUGCCCGCAGUGCCCCGAGACCCUCUCCCCGUUGGAUGUCCGUGAAAUCUUGGACGACCGGGCGCUGCUGGAGCGGUUUGAGGAAUACCAGCUGAGACGUUUCCUGGCUUCUGAUCCAGAUACUCGCUGGUGUCCUGCUCCUGACUGCAGGUGAGACUCAAAGGUCAAGAAGGUUCCCAGCACACUUUAUUUCCAGAACAGCUUGAUGCAGAGAGGAAAAUCAUUAGAGGAGAGGCAAAAAAAACCUUGCAAAUACUAGAUCCUUCAGAUUGUCUAAAGGGAGAAGUAGUUUUUAUUGACAUCUCAGUCCCAAAGUAACAAUUAACUGCACUGUUUGGUAAUGAUUCUGUAAAGAAGAGAAAGGAGCCCUGCUGUGAUUCGCUGUGACAAAGUGGCAGCUCCUGUCAAAUCCAGCACCAGCUCUGUGUCACAUAGACAAGACAGGAGCAGUUUUUAGUGUCAGGAUGAUUGACUUAGCCUUCAAAGGAUGAACUGACAGCAUGUAAAAGCUCCUUCUGAGCUUUAAUGAAUCCCAAGGCUGUGAUUCUAAUACAAUUUUUAUACAACCAGUUUUUUUUUUUUUUGGUUUCCCAGAAGAAAGCUGACUACAUAUGAGAAAAUCCUUUUUCCUUGAGUGCCAAACUUCUUCAGGAAUCUUGUAAUCUGGGUUUGAACUGGGCAGCCAAAGCGAUCAGCAGUGUGAUUCAAAGAAAGAAAUCAGCCACCUGUUUAUUAUUUUGGAUGAAAACCAGAUGAAAUAUUGCUAGUGCUUUUCACCAUGGAGUCGAUAUAUAUAUAUAUAUAUAUAUAUAUUCUGAAUAUUAUAUAUAUUAUAUAUAUAUAUAUAUAUAUAUAUAUAUAUAAAUAUAAGCAGAAUUAAUGAUAUAUAUACAUAUAUAUAUAACAUUGAGAACAAAACACUAAAACACUUACAGUUCUAGACAACAAAGACUCAGAAACAUAAUUACAAAUUAGACAUAGUGUAUACACAAAUAACAUACAUAGAAUAAUAUAAAGGACAGCAACAACAACAAUAAGGACAAUGAUACCACAAUACAAAGCCACAAAACAAACAAACAAACAAACAAACAAAACAGGUCAUAUACACAGAUUCCAGGAUAAAAAGAGAAUCAUAUAAUAAGUCAACUAAGUUUAAAGUAACCCUUGGACUACUGCAAUAGCUUUAGACUAAUUUAGUAUGGUUUCAGGUCUAGCAUUAUUAAUUGUAGCUGUUGACCUCUCAAGAAGACAGACAUCAAAAAAACUUAAAAUCCAUGAUAGGUUUAAACUCAUUCUUAAUAACGGUUUCGUUGGCAGCUGUAGAAGCUGCUUGUAUUAUUAUUUUCUGCUGAAAUGAAACUAAAAUGUUAGGAUUUAAUCCAAAAAGAUAUAGAAUGGGACAUAAGGGAAGAACUUUAUCUAUAAUAGUGUUCCUGAUAUCAUUUAUAUAUUUUCAAAGAGGUUUGACAACUAAACAGAACCAAAACAUCUGUAGAAAAUCUCCCAUCACAGCCUCAGUGCAUUUAGUGCCACAAUCACUGUCAGUUACUUUUCAUUUUAAAUCUGCACUCUGGAGUUAAAUAAAAUUUAUGUGCCAAUUUAUAAUUUAGACAGUUGCUAGGACAUUUUGUUUGUUUUGAGUGGACCCGAGUCAGAAUAUUGUUACUGCAGUGGAACCCUAAUAGGAUACCAUGAAAUUGUCUUACCAGUUAGGAAACAGUGAAUUGAUAACACUUUAGGUUUCUUACAUUUACUACUUGAAAAAAGUAAAACAUGAUACAAACAAGCCUCUUAAUCUGAGUGUAUAUUCAGAAGGGAACAGCGGACAGCCAAAUAUGAUGAAUGUAAUGCAACAAAACUACAAGACAUGUACUGGGUUAUCUCUUAUUCUGAUUCAGCUGCAUGUAAAUCCUCGGUUGUAUCACGUUAAUGUUCAUGAGUGGGUAACAGGAUACUACUGUGGAUGGGAAACAUAAUGUGUGUAAUGAUGCUGUGUGAAUAUCUGUCGACUAAACUAGCACAUAUGAGCCAGAACUCGGCUGUAGACUGUCUGUCUCCCAGUCCUCACAGCUCAGUCGUGAUGAACAAGUAAAGUGAAAAUCGAUACCCCAAUCUGUCUGCUGCUGUGGUGAGUAAAAUAUAACACAGAGAAACAAGAGAUCGAAUGUCAGAAGUAUCUUCAGCAAAUCCGCAGACUCCUAAGUUUCACAUUACAAGACAUAUUUACGAGUAAGGGUCAGUGUGUUCUUGAUUAUACCAGCUCCCACAUGACAGAGCCUUUGGAGAGUUGACCCAUUAUGUAAACUGGUCAUUAACAGUUAUGGUUGGUGCAUUCUCAUGUUCCCAAUCUACACACAUUCCUCCAAGUCUUAGUGACAGAAGCUUAGCAGAAGAUUAUGCCAGCUCAGAGAAAGCGUGCUCUGUAUGUGUCCACAUGCUUGUAUCUGUGUGUGCACAUUCGGUCAUGCUUUUGCUGCAUCUUGAAGUAGUUUUACGAACACAAAGUCAAGUGUGCAACAGACAAAUUCCAUGCAGUUAUGUUGCAGGUCUGAGUAUGCAUGUUUGUACCCAUGCUUAGUGGCUUCCCAUGUGUUUCGUUGUCCAAAUGUCUGCAGUGCUGCUGUUUGCUUUGUGUUUGACUUUGCAAAACAGGUUUUUAAGGCGAAAUAUUCCAGGUAUCACAGGUUUUUUAGAUAAAGUAUUUAACUGGAGAUUCUGACGCAAAUAAUAUCUAGACUACCACCUGAAUGGGAGCCAGGCAGCAGGCUAAUCAUCUUCUUGUGUGUGGCCUUCGGUCUGUCUGAAUCGUCGUCUUUCUGACAAAUAUAGAAGGUCGCAGAUGCUGAAGUGAAGAGCCUGAAGGAGCUUUCAUACACUUCACAGUGGAGCAGAUUUGCCUUGAUCCUGAAUCAGUCACAUUCACAUGCAUUUGAUCAUAAUCACAUGAUCUUUUAAAUAUUAAAAUUUAUGUUAAUGUCACCCCUGUGGAGUAGGAUUAGGUCCUCAGGCGUCAGGCUCUUUGUUAUCAGUCUAAUGACUGCUCAAGAUCUAAGGGUUGGAUUAUUUCUGGUUCAGGAGUUAAACUGUGGAAACCAGUCCCUCUGAUAGAUCUCUCUGUGUUUGACUGUAGUUCAUUGAGCCAGUAAAUGUACUGUUUGUGAACAAAGACAACAAUGAGCUGUGCUUCUCCAGGCUGAAAGAUCCACAACACAGAGAGUCCAAGUGCAGUUAAAGGUAUUCAGGCCCCUAACAGUCAGAAAGAGCCCUUCAGGGAUCAGUAAACACUUUUAUUGGGGCUAUUCUCUGUUCUUCAUCUGCAGUCUCUCCCUCUCUCCUCAGCUAUGCCGUGAUUGCUUAUGGCUGUGCCGAGUGUCCCAAGCUGAGCUGUGGCCGCGAGGGAUGCGACACUGAGUUCUGCUACCACUGUCGGCAGCUCUGGCACCCCAACCAGACUUGUGAUCAGGCUCGGCGUCAGCGAGCACGCCACACCUCCGGCGGCAACGAUGCCUCCACACUGUAUGUCUUCAAUGAAGAACCUGGAGGAGGUGAGACCAACAGCAGCUGCUAUUACCUUCUUUUUGUUUUAUUCCAAACCUUUAGUGCCAGAUACCAGGGUGUUUUUCUCAGCUUUUUUUUAACAUGUUUAAGAAAGUGCAAAAUAAAUAUUGCAGAACACGCUGCCACUGCUGACAUAUUUGCUCUGUUGCUGAAGAUGCAGAGGAGAUCAAAGCGUGUCCUCGCUGUGGUGCCUACAUCAUGAAGACCAAUGAUGGCAGCUGUAACCGUAUGAACUGCACUGUAUGUGCCUGUCAGUUCUGCUGGCUGUGUAUGCAGGAGAUCACCGACGUGCACUACCUCAGGUACUGAGUUCACCCUCCUCUCACCUGACAAAACAGCUCAGCAUGUCGAGUUUGGUUUGUUUACCCUCAGAGCUCUGCCACAGAGAUCAGCUGCUAGUGCCUGCAAUGGUAUUUGCUAUCUGUACAACCUGACAUUAGAUUCUCUUAUUUUGUUGUUUGAGUGUUUUUGAUCAGCUAUUUUUGUCAAGGCAAAGAUUUUUUGAUUGUUCUGCUAUUUUAUUUAUUUAACCUUUAUUUAAUCAGGAAUGUCCCAUUAAGAUUAAAAACCUCUUUUUCAAGGGAGUCCUGACCAAGAGGCAGCAAAAAGUUACAGAUCAACAAUGACAUACAAGUUAGAUAAAACAGUUGCAGCUUAAGGAGGCUGUCCCAAGUGCUCUCAGUCUGGAUUUAAAGUCUUUCAAGGAGACAUUAAGUUCCGUUAGUUUCCAGUCCUUUUGCAACAGGUUCCGUGUAGAAGGGGAAGAGAAGACAAAAGCCCUUUUCCCAGCUUAGUGCGGGCAAAUGGAGCAGUGAGCAACAGAUUAUUGUUUGAAUGCAAACCAUAAGAAUCAAUGUGAGAGGGCAGUAGUCCAAGCAUGGCCCUGUAAAUAAAAGUGUACCAAUGAGUCAACCUCCUGGUGGACAAAGAAGGCCAUCCCACUCGAGAAUACAGUUCACAUUGAUGGGUCAAGGCUCUACAGUUAGUAAUAAACCUCAGAGAAGCAUGAUACACAGAGUCAAUCUUUCUCAAACAUUGAGCUGAAGCGUGCAACUGGUCUUCAAACUCUAAAAUGAAUAAAAAAAGUUGCAAUGACAAGGUGUUUUUUAACCUCAAAAGAAAAACAAAACUUGUUUAGGAAGAAAAAAAACAGUCUCAGUUUGAGUUUCUUUAUAAGAUUCUCAAUAUGGGGUCUGAAAGUGAGAGCGUCAUCAAGCAAGAUACCAAGAUAUUUGUAUGAAUGAACCACCUUAAUUUCAUUCCCCUGAAGUGUGGACACUGUGGGGAUAAUUUGCGGACCCUUCCUAGAGCUUGAAAGUGCAAUAUAACAUAUAUAAUGAUAACAGUAUACAUUUUUUCAAUCUUGUUGCUUAUGGUCUUUGCUUUUGUUUGUCAUAAAAUGUGUUAAUAUGAAUUAAUGUCUAUUUCACAAAUGCCAAAAAGACUGUCAUAGGAGCUUUAACUAACUGCAGAACACACAUUGAUCUAUCUCAGUGUCAGGACCUGGUAAGAGUGCUGCUUCAAAACACUAAGAGCAGCAGAAUUUGAUCCCAGUGUGACAAAUGCUUGGCAACACAACUUCAAUUUUAGCAAACGUUAGUCACUGAAUGUUUUCCUCAUUUUUCCAAAAAGGACAAAAUCCAAGGCUACAGCUCCAUCAAAAUAAGUGGACUUUUACAGUUUGAAAACAAUCUCCAGAUUAAUGAAAAACUAGGCCAGUCAGCAGGACUCUGGCUCUCUAUCAUUGUUCAGAGGCUACACUGGUGAAACUGUUCAUCUGGGUUUCAUCGAUUUCUCCAGUCCUGGAAGAAAGUGAUUGCUGAUUCUGCAGCGAUUAAUCAGCUUCAUCUGUCUCCAGAUCUCCAUGUGGAAGAAUACAUAACUAGAGCCAUAGGACUAGUGAAAAGCUGAUCUGUCAAACUUUGAAUAGCACACUAGUUUUUUUUUUUUUACUAAAACACAGCUUUCACAUGUACAGGACAAGAGAUUAGAGGUAUAACUUUGUCUGCAGGGGCAAAAGCCAAAAGUUCCUUACAGCAGCUUUAAAGUCUAUUUUAUAAUAACGGCUAACAUAAAUUGUGGAUAUUUUUUACAUAUUAAUCUUUUUCCACAUCUCUCACUCUCCCACCCUGCAUACUUCACUUUUCUUCCCCCUACCCUUGUUUGCCUUUCACACUCCAAAUAACACCAAGAGUCCUAUAGAAGGGCAAAGCUUUUAGCAUCUCUCUGCAAAUCUGCCAAGUCAGAGCAACAGAGCACAGCCUUAAUAUCUCACCAUAAUUCCCCCCUCCCCCCUACUCAGGCUUUCAUAACCUCAAGGUGACAUUUGCUGCUGUAAAACAAAUGCACGCUUAGAGGACUUGCUUAGCCCUGAGGUGCUAUUUGUGUUGCUUGUAAAGUCACUGCGCCUCCUGCAAUCUAAUUGCUGCUUCAUUAGGACCAAGCAGCAUCAGUCAGUGUUAGUUGGCAGCUAGAAUUACAACACAAAGUCUAAUACUGGAUUAAAGAAGCAAUUUAAAGCAUGACAUAUUGUGCUUAACAUCCCAGUAAGAGACAGAUAAUUGACUCCACACAAACAGACUAUGGCGGCCCUGUAUUCCUAUCUAUCUAACAGCAGUUUGGCAGCUAAUGGUAGCUGCAAAUGACAGUAAUUUAGGGGGAGAGGACAAAGCUAAGAUGGGAAAUGCAGAUGAGGUCAUUUAUUUCAGCUAAUGAUGUCAUGAAAGCUAUGAGACAAGACAGAUAAUGUUGUCAUGUUCUUGUCAGUGCCUGUUUAUUUCAGACGUUUCUUAAUAAAUAAUCAUUCAUUAUUGUUUUUUGUUUAUAUCAGAGUGCAAUGAGGCCUGCACGACAUUGGUGUUUGUGUGAUCACUGCAGUUCAUGUUCCCCGGUAUCUUUCUUCUUCAUUUUAGUGUCUUUGCAAUAAAAACAUUCAGGAGAGUGACUGAGAGGAGGUUCUUCUCAUCAGUUCACUUUACCUGAGGUCAAAAGUUUAAUGACUCCUAAACUUAAACUGUAACCAAACCCUUUCAACACACCAAUUAAAUUUCCUUUAAAAAAUUCGUAUUCUUUUUAGAUGAUUUUCUGGAUUUAUACCAUAUUUUUUAGACUAUAGGGCGUACUUAAACUCCUUACAUUUUCUCAAAAAUUGACAUUGCGCCUUACAAUCCAGCCAGCUUUACGUAUGAUUACUUGUCAUGAUAACUGACAGAUUUUAUGUGGUACAAUAUGCUCACAAAUCUGUUGAAAUGUGUAAAUAUGGCUUUGGUUAGCAACGAAGCCGCAACAAUAAACCAAUCAAUGCUUAAUGUGCCUUACAAUCCGGCGCCUUAUGUGUGAACAUAGACACGUUAAUUCACAGUACGCCCUAUAAUCCACUUUACCACCCGAAAAAUACGGUAUAGAUGGAUUAUUCAUUUUCACAUCCUCCAAGUGCACAAAAGUGAAGCUAAAAAUCCCUUGAGAUUGGGAGACAAAAUCUUGAAGCCCUGCCCUUUUCUGCUAACCAAAACACACAUUUAACUUUUAGUCAAAACAGCAAAUGGCUGCUAAAAGCACAUUAACUGGCCGUUCUUAUGUGAGUGUCGGUUACCUUUUCUCUGCUCCUCCACUGUUGUGCUAAUCUGGCUGAGAACGCCGCUAACCCACAUUUGUUAACAGAGCUGUCAGUCAUGGUGUUCAUCCUUGAACAUCAAUUAAUUACUUUAAACGGAACUUCCUGGAAAAGAAGAUUUCUACGAUGUAAAACAGCAUGAUAGGAACUAAACAUAAUGACAGUAACCAUGUUCAAUAAAAAAAUAUGUGACAGCUAUUUUGAUUUCAAAAUUUGACUCACAUACUAUCUGUCACUAUGGACAAGAAAGGAUUUUAGAGAGCAGUAAUAAAUACCAAUAGCGGUAGAGACCAGGGGGAUUUCUGUUGGGUUUUAGAUUUGUAUUCAUAAAACAAAUAUUGAACAAAUCACAUUUUUUUAGAUUAGAUUAGAUUAGAUUAGAUUAGAUUAGAUUAGAUUAGAUUAGAUUAGAUCAGAUUAAAUUAGAUAACACUUCAAUGUCCAAGUCCAGAACUUACUAGACAGGUAUCACUACAGCUCCAUUUACAACACACAAGACAAGAUGCUUGAAUAAAUCCUUGACAAAACAACAUUUCAAACACCAGGCAGUAUAUCUGGAGGCUUACUUUCAGCUUACUUUUGAUCAAAGCUUCAGCUCCGUUUUUAACUUUAUAUUGGGCUCAUGUACAAAAAAGUGCUUCAGCCUGACCUUAUUAAAACGUGGGACCUUGUGUUUCUGGUUUGACGGUUAUAGUUUAUAUUCACUGUGAGGCUGAGUCUCUGAAAAGCUUAACAAUAAGUGCUGAAGUUUUUCAUUGUGUACGUCAAUGGGAGCUUGAUGAGAGGUAGUUGGUCCACCAAAUAUAAUUCCCUUUUUUCUUUGUAUUAAUCACCACUUUGUUGACAGCAUGCUGAUGCAGCCACGUGUCAUCUGAGUUAUUCAGCAGUGAUGUCAGGGUUGUAUCACUUGAAUACUUUAGCCUGAUUAUGGGGCUUAUGUGUCCUCUUUGGAUCUUGUCUAUCAUAAUAACACCAGAUCGUUUUAAAGGAAUUAAACUCCAUGGAAAAGAUGUCAACUUCACGGUGAGGUGGAGAGGCAAGAAAUUAAAACACUUGAUGUUUUUUAUUUUGGUUUGUAAUGAAGUGGCAAGGUGUGAUAAACUAACAAACUUAAAGACACAACACUUCUUAAAAUGAAAACUCAAAGUUUUAAUACAGAGCAUUUAUUAUCCCAGCUGUUUGCAUGAUAAUACAUCGGACUCCCUUUGAAUCCUGUUUGUUGUCUCUUUUUUCUGUCUUAGUCCCUCAGGAUGUACCUUCUGGGGGAAGAAGCCAUGGUCUCAAACCCGCAAGGUUCUGUGGCAGGUGGGCAUGUUGCUGGGAGCGCCAGUGGUCAUUUCCCUCAUUGCGGGCAUCGCCAUCCCGGUCAUCAUUGUGGGCAUACCAAUCUACAUGGGCCGCAAGGUACACACCAACCUAGAGUAUAAAUCUGCCUCCUGUCAUGUAUUUGGGUUGAAUCCCAUUACUUUUAGACAACUUUGUGUGGAGCUUUCUAACUCUAGGGGGGAUAUGGGUGUAAAGUCUCACCUGAAAUCCAUGCAUUUCUGCUUUGUGAGCGCUUGUGUAGGUCUCACAGGUUGUUUAUGUUUCUUUGAAGGCAUGCGAGGACAUGUUUUAUUGGACAUGAAUAAGUGGCUGCAGACAAGGAGACACCAGUAAGAAACAAAUUGCAUUUCUCUAAUCUGAUUUAUCUCUCAUUUAUUACCUUCCAGGUCCAUGGCCGCUGCAAGAAAAACAAUAUCUCAGGAAGUAAGCACUACUUGACUGUGGCCAGUGGAGUGAUGAUGUCAGUGUUUGUGUCUCCGGUUAUAGCAGCUGUCACUGUGGGUAAGGAUCUAACAGUCACAUCCCUACUCCAUGCCCUGCACACUCAGAAUUAAGAUGAUAGUGUGUUUUCAAGUUUUCUAAUACCUGAGACGAGAGUUCAUGCAGAUAAAAAAGUUAUUACAGAUAAAGAUGAUCCAGCGUUAUAGAUAAUCCUCUCUAUGAUUAUGAAGAGGGAUUAACAUUAGGAAAGAGAAACACCACGUUUCCUAAAACGCUUACCCAAAAUAAAAAGACCACUUCCUUAUAGCUGUAGAUCUUUUUGCAAAGAGUUUGGUCAAAAAUAAUGGACUCCGACUUCCUGUUUGGACUAAUGGUUCAUCGAAAGUUGGAUGUCAGAGCACACACGAUGUGAUAGAUCUUUCUUUCCCUUUCUCUGUUGAAAUCAAUUUAGCUCUGACAUAUCCCAAUAUCUCCAUAUUGCGAUAUGUGCAUGCGAGGCAUUUAUGAUGAGGUGGACAGAACGGUAGAGCACAGUGUCAGGUGCUAUUGCUACAGGACAAGACAGAUGUCUCUGGCAGAGUCCUUCGGUGCUGCAGGCAGAAACUAUCCAGGUACAGAGGGAGAAAGUGUGGAACUUUAAGCGGUGGUAAGCACUGUUGCUGUUGGAGUUGUUAGAGUUCAUGAAUAGGAUUAUCAAAUAGUAACAAAAUAAAUGCAUGCUUCAACAAAGUGCUGCACGAGUUCAGCUUGGAGUAAAUUUCUAUUUAUCACUGAGUUAAUCUCCCAUACACGAAAAAGCCUAUAUUUAUUCAGGUAAGGUUUCCUAAAGAAUUGAUCAUUUAAACUGGAUUACAUUGACUAGGUGUCUGAAUUAUACAGAGCAAAUGCGAUUAAACUGCCAUGCUGAACUUAGAAGAAAAUAUGCUUAAAAAGAUGGUUAAAAAAUAACAUUUUAUCUCUAAAAUGUAUUUAUUAUUAUUUACAAAUGCAGCACUUGUGCAUCAGCUUGAUUUCUCCUGACCAGAGGCUGCCACUUGGGUGUUCCUCCUAACUUGGCAGAUAUCUGAAUUAUACCCUAAGCUUAAUGAUGUUUUAGACUGUGUUUAACAAAACCACCGAAUGUGAUUUUGGUAAAACACAAAUUCUUAGUAUUCAGCCAUUCAUGUGGGUGAUAAGCCAGGUGUUCAGUGACCAAAUACACAGAUGUGUAUGGACGCAGUUCUGGGUAACAUAUGGCAAUAUGGGGAUACUGGGAUAUGUCAUAGCUGAAUUGAUUUCCACAGAGAAAAGAAAGGAAAGAAAGAAAGAAAGAAAGAAAGAAAGAAAGAAAGAAAGAAAGAAAGAAACACAGAGCGAAAGACCUAAUCUCAGAGCAUUGAGAGCAACAGCACCAAAGGUGAGCUUCCUGUUGGCAAGAUCCCGGGCCAGAACCCCUGCAAGCGGAUGGCCGUGCUCACACUACAACAGGGCACUGACAGGAGGUUGUGCCAAGCGCCUAUGCUUUCUCUUCGAUAAGGUUUUUCUUUCUUUCUUUCUUUCUUUCUUUCUUUCUUUCUUUCUUUCUUUCUUUCUUUCUUUCUUUCCUCCCCUUUCUCUGUGGAAAUCAAUUCAGCUAUGACAUAUCCCAAUGUCCCCAUAUUGAGCAAACCUGAAUUUCAAAAAUAUGGCAGGUAGUCCCUGAGGUGACACAUAAUAUGACCAAUUUAACAUUUUUUGGAGUGAUCAAACUACCAUACUUCUUCAUGCAGUCCUAAGUAGCUUACCAUGGGCUCUAUUUUCGUGUCCGCCAGUUUGGAAUUUUCGUGGACUGAAGUGCACCAAGGUCCGCCAAGCUGGGUGUGGUGGCGUGGCAGAGGGAGGUGUCGACAGAAUCAGCGGGCGCAGUGACAUUUUCGUGCUCGCCAGUGGCGCAUAAAGUGAGCUGAAAGCUCGCCGAUUCAAACCUUGUCAGCUUUCAGCGCAGGCGGAGUGCAGCUGGUCUAGUGGUAUUUUGGUAGACCGACGGCGUAUCGGCAUACGUCACAGAUGCCACACCGACAGGUUUCCACAGUGUCAGGAACAUUACAGUGAAAUAAAUAAUGAACAACAACUAAUAAUCUGAGUCAGCACAUUUAUAUCUAUAUCGAUAUAUUCUGAUCCAUAUCUGAUCUGAUGAGCGUGUUUGGCACGCGUUUGGACACACAACCUGACCGAAUCAACACAGCUGAAACCGCAUUAAAGUAAAUUAAUUCUAGUAAAUAAACACAUAUGAUGAAGUUAACAAGAUAUGUAAUUCGUCUCCCUUCUUUUCUUCCUUCCUCUUCCUCUUAUUUCUCGCGCAGCUCGACCUGGACAUGUCUUCGUGUCCUCUCCCCGUCCUGCUGCAGCUGCUGCUGCGGCGGCAGAACAGAUGAUUUGUUUCAGUGAUCAGAUGAGUAUUUACUUUAAGCCGACAUAUAGGAAUAUUAUAAUAUUCAGUUUUGUGAGCCAAAUUUAUUUUAUAUGCCUACAUCUAUGAAAGAAAGAGCCACGCCACUGAGCGCAAUGCGUCAUUUAUGCACAGAUGGUUCCGAUUUUAAUGCCAUUAUUGGAAUUUAUGAUGUGAUCUCUGCGCACAACCCACCUUGGUCACAUGAGGUUUGAAUAUAUGCAACUUUAUGUGAGUGUCUUUAUUUGUGGAAAUGGUGUUUGUCCUACUAGUGGGUCCAACAUUACACACACCAAAUCCAUCUGUGCUCAUAUGAGAGAGUGUGGAGGACGCCCUCUGCAGCGUUUACAGCGACACCUGUUGAGGGGCUGCCUUCUGUCGCCAUCGUGUGGCAUUACUGUCUUCAGACAUCUCUUGAUCUCUUUGACUACUUCAUGAAAAUAGUAAUACGCCUCGCUGCUGGCGGAUUUAAAGGCGAGGAGAGGAGCUGAUGUUAUUGGUCAAUACAGGUCUCGGCUGUGUUAAACCCAGUCCAUGCCCUCUCUCCUCCCUCGUUACGACUUAUGCAGCUGGGAGGAGCUGAGUUAUACUUACGCCGGGCUGCGCCGCUUACCAAGAUACCAAAUUGUGGUUGGCGCCUGCGUCACGUCUCUGACGAAGCACGAAAAUAGAGCCCCAUGAGUGUACAGUCCAGUUGUGACAUACAGUGCUGUUUCACACACACACACACACACAGUGUAAAGUAGUAUUUUGAUGAGUCAUGCUUAUAGCUACUGUAGAUAACAUUUAUAGCUGUGACUGAAUCCUUAAAGUGUAAACAGCCUCUUAACUGUAAUGUUGUGGUGUUAUGACCAUCACAUUAGCAGGCCAACCCUUGAUACACACUCACACAUAUACACACACACACACACACACACAGUAAGACUCUUCACCAUCAUCUCCUGCCUCAUAUAUAUCUCUGUCCUGCUUGCAUCACAAUCCCUGUGUUGUUUUUUUUCCCACCAUUUGCCACUUUGGCCUCACUGUCUCUUUCAUAUGUCCUCACUUUUGGCGCUUUCACCACACUGUAAGUGCGACUUAGUUUGUCAGUCACAGCCAUUCAUCUUUUUUUUUUCUGUUUCAGUUCCUUCUUUCUCUCAUUUCACACAGACGCACAGAAUCGCCAACACAGAGCCUCUCACAGGCUGGUAGGCUCAUCCUCUUGCCCCUGUUUCACCCUGCUGUUGAGUCAAUAGCGUCCCAGUUCCCGCCUUGUUAAUGAUGCCCCUUUGUUUGGUGGGCACUCGGCUUUGUGUUCUCAAAUUCCUGUCUCAAUCACAGGUUGCAUAAUCACGCAGCACAGAGCGGCUGUGGCUACCUACUUCAGGCUCUUUCGUUAAACACUUGAGAUCAAAACAAUUGCUGAUAAGUUGCUAAAUAAGAUUAAGAAUGCUCAGAUUUUAAAAGCACACAAUUUUAACUGGCAAAAAAAUAUGAUUCAAGCAAUUAUUAUAUUAAAGCAUGUGACAUGAAAAAACAAGAAGUAAAUUUAAAUAAAUGCAUAAAUUAGAUGAUCGUUUCUAUAUUAAGCCACUCUUAAUUCAUGAGAAAAGAUGUGAAAGCUUGCAAGAAAAUUGGCCUCCUAAGCUUAAGGAAUACUCCCUUCAUUAUUUGUGACACAGUAAUUGGAUAAAUAUGGAUGGUUAAUGGCCCAAAAAUACAAAGUUGUUCCUUGUGAAGCAGAAAUAGCUCCCUCUUGUGUUUAAUUUGGAUAUCACAGUAAGGUAAGUGUAGGCUGAAACACAACUCAUCUUAAAACUUAAGCAGUCACCUGGCAUACUUUUGAAAACACUGUACACAAUUUUUUGGGGGGUUUGAAAAAAAGAGUAAAUUGAAGCCUGGUUUCAGUUUUGAAUUAUGAAGUUUUAAAAAACCAAUGAAUCUUUCAGGCACGGAAGGAUUACCUGUAACUUUUCUGUUCCCCUGCAGGUGUUGGUGUGCCGCUAAUGCUGACUUAUGUCUAUGGCGUCGUCCCCAUGUCGCUCUGUAGGAAUGGCUGGUGUCGACCGCAGAGUGAGCCCCCUGAAACACAUAAAAUCCAACUGGAGGACUUAGCCAGCUGUGAGUUUGAAAUCUACAGAAAUCUACAGAAUCUCCACAAUCAUGUAUUUUCACACAAGUUGGAAUCCGGUGAUGGUUAGCCCAGCUUCGCAAAAAGACUGCAAGCAGCAGGAAACAGUCAGCUCGGCUGUGUCUUGAGUUAAAAAUCCAGCACCUAAGCUAAUCGUCCAAAAGGCUUUGGAGAGUUCCCUUUGGCUCUAAACUCCUAAUAUUUGUUAUUUUCAACACUGAUCUGAUGAUCUUUCCUCUUUUCUUACAGAUCUACUAUUCUCUCAUGUAGUCAGCGACCACUGGACAGGUCAAAACAACUCAACUCUCAGCGACACCAGCGUCCAGGAAGUCAGAGUCAGUGUCCAGGAAGUGGGGGUCCUCCCCAGUACAAGCACCACGCCCCCUGAUUUAGAUAGCUAUGAGGUGUUUGAUGAAGCCACGAAACAGCAUGGGUACACCCAGCCGAACAGCCAAUCAGACUGCGAGGUGGUUAUUGUGCCUGAUGGGAAGCUUGAUGACUCCCAAGUGCUUGCUUUGAGGUAAAGGUUUCCUCUGUUUUUGCUGUGUAUUGAUUUUAAUGAAAAGAUGUCAAUUGAAGAUAAUGGCCAAAGUUAGUGGGUGUCUUUCAGUAUUUUUUAUCCCUCUAAACUGUGAUUUGGUCUGCAAGCACCAUUAUAGAUGGCAGUCUUAGUCCUAUCGAGAGGGGUCUAGCUGCAGACCUCCACCGAGAGGACACGUUUUUUUGUAUUUUGUCUUUGUUGAACACAUGAGACAAAAUUCUAUUUACAUGAGACGAAAAAUAUGUACAACAUACCACAUAAAAAAAAAACAUACUCCUGAAAUAUUUGCUUUUAUUUUGAAAGGCUUCAAACAUCUUCUGGUCCUCUCAGUGGAGGUCUGCAGCUAGAUUGUCUUGGUCCUACCUGCACCUUGGUCCAGUUUGAUACACCUUAGGGUCUGUCUUAGUCCUUUUUAGUAAGGAAGCUUCCUCGCUUAGUGACACACCCUAAAAGUGUUUGAGUGUCGGCUAUGAUAAGAGCUGCUUGCAUUCUCUGAAUGAUGAGUAAAUAAAAUAUUUUGUUUUCUUUAGUAUCCCCUUUAGUGAAGCAAACAUCUUUUAUGAAAGGAAACAGUAUUUUAGCAUCUGUCUUAUGUGACUGCAGCAUACAUUGUCUAACUGAGGCAGUUAUUGCGCAGACUUCCUCUAGUCAUUAUCAUUAUUAUGACCAGAUGGCUUUUUACUGAUGUCAUUAUGUGUUUUUUAUAUCACUACAGGGAAGGAACCAACAUUGAGGUCCGUGUUGAAAUUGAAACCCAUCCUAGAGGCGCCCGCCAGUCCAGCCUCAGUAGCAUCCUAUCCAGCCGAAGCUUGUCAGUGGAGUCCCUGGGACACUCGCAGUCCCAGUCUCAAGACUACCUGUGUGCCUCUGAACUAGAAGAUAGACAAGAGAGCGGAGGAAGAGAGGAGCAGGAGGAAAGAGAGAAACCAGGAGGGGAUGACGGAGGAGGAGCCCGUGAAGGGACAGUCUUUGAAGUGGACGGUGUAUGAGGUCCUGUGACGCAGGCUUUGUACUUGGUUGAAGAUUAGACAGGUUUCACGGAUGAAUACAAAUCCAUGAGCUGAUGUUUCGGCUGAAUUGACCUGCAGAUCGUUGUCCAAGGCCACUUCCUGCUUCCAAGACAGGCCCUUCCACCAGAUGCCUUUUAGCUCCAGCCUGUAAGGAAGAUGCCAGUUUAGAGAAAGCGAAUAAAAAAACAGUAGUGUGAGAGUUUGUAUGAGACUGAAAGCAUGAAAAAAAAAAACAGUGAGGGGACAAUCAGUAAUCCAGGAUAGCAUCUAUGAAUGAACCCAAACAGGAGUGGCUGAGAGCAUGUUAGCUAACUAGUUCAUCCUCUUUAUUUUCUCUUUUCUGUUGGACUGUUUUACUCCCCCCUCUACCCUCAUUCAAUUACAUCAAGCCCUCUUUAUGUCUGGCUGUACUCUUACACUUCUUUUAGUGACCUCUUCCCCCUCCACAGAUCUAACAAUGCAGUGGUCAAACCUAAAUUUGGGAACCCUAAACAGAAGAUGCAUGCUUCACUGUAUUUUCACUCUUUUUAUGAAAGAUUUCUGGUUGCAGAGGAGAUCUGAAACUGCCGAAGCCUGUAGCUGUUGUUCUUUAUUGGGAUAAAAGCUGCUCUGUGACAUUAUGGCAGUGGUGAAGACCACAUAGUUUAUAAAAACACCAUGAAUUAUAACUUUUAAUCGCAAAUCCACAGUCUUCCAUGGAAGCAGACGGACGGCAUUGUCACUUAUGCAUUGUUUUAGUGCAGCCUGUAACCUCUUAGGAGGCCAUUUCCUACUAAGCUAUGGAGAAAACACUGCUAUAGUUUGGUAAAAUGCUCAUUAUAAUCUAGAUACUGAACUGACAAUAACAUGACAGCAACACUGCAGCGUUUCUCUGAAGAAUCUGAAAUCUCAAAGAGGCUGCAUGAUUCUGCUUUUUGCUGUGUGUAAGAUAAACACACAUGAGCAGAUUCACACAUGCAUUUUCACACACAUACACACACACACACACGCUGUAGAUGCUCACGCAGCAGUAUUGUGUGCAGCUAAAAGCAUUGGCUAUAAACCCGAGACUCUCAAAUGAUCACAGAGCACCAAAAUUACAACAGCAGCAUGCCACCCCGGGCUCAAGUCUAAUAACCCUUUUUAGAAGAUUUGUGAGAAAUACAUGACUUCACAUGCACUGCUUAGCUUCCUGAGUGUGAAAUAUUUCUGAGAUGUGAGCUCAGACAUGAGAUGUGGAGAGAAAUAAAUAAACAUUUCACCCUCAAAGGA